GUGUGUGUGAUUGAGGGAUAUGCUCCCGCUCAUGUUGGAGCGCUUCAUAAAGAGUGGCAGUCGGACACCCCCGUAGAGGUCACUGUGACAGCCACAAUCCUCUGUCAGUCUACAUAGCUGCUGAAGAGCGAAGUGAAAGUGGGAGAGGGGACUCCAGCAGCAGCAGGGUCCCAUUUUUCUCACAUCUUUUACUCUUCUCUCAGAGAGGAGGCCGAGGAAAGACAUAUAAAGAAAGAGACUAAAGGAGGUAAGAAUGAUUUCUUUGUCUCGACGCACCGUUUGACUUGGAGCGCUCAGACGUAUUGCAUCCGUCUCUUGGAGGGUUGCCAUGGUGAUGGCAGAUUUCCUCUCCAGUUAAUACAUCUUUAUCCUACCAAUUAUCAGUAAUGUGUGAAUUUCUGUCAGUCUUUAAAAGUUAUUAGUGAAUGCUUCACAACCCUUCACUACUUCACUGUAUUUCACUGGGAUUUUACGAGAUAGACCAGCACAACUGGGAAGUGGAUAUAAAAUACAUUGUUUUAAAGUUUUUUUAUGAGUAAAAGAAAAUCUCAAAUCUUGUUCAGCCCCCUUGAGUCAUUUUUUUGUAGAAUUGUGUUUCAAAGCUAUUGUAGCUUCAAGUCUUUUGGGUUUGUCUACCACCUUUUCUUUAUUCAUUUCUUUCUUUUGUUGAUCUUUCUUCAUUGAAAAAUAGCUCAAGUUCAGUUUGGAUAAGGGGCAUCAGUGAAUAUCAAUAUUCAACUCCUGCCACAGAUUCUCAUUUGGAGAAGGCAGGACUUUGACUGAACCAUUCAGACACAUAAACAUGCUUUGAUUCAAAUCAAUGGCGUCAAAAGAGCUGAAUUAAAAGUACUCACGGGUCGCACAUUUUAUCUGUUUUUCUUUUUUUUAAUGUAGAAAAUAAUUAGUCUAUGCUCAACAGCUAGAAUGGGAUAUAGCAGGACAACCGUUAUUUAACCAUUCCAUUGUAGCCCUGGUUGUAUGAUUAAGAUCAUCCUCUUGCUGAAAGGAGAACCUCCUCUAACAGGGUUUCUUCCUGGAAAGCCCUGUAUUUAGCUCCACCCAUCUCUCCAAUAACUGUGAGCACAUUCCCUGUCCCUGCUAAAGAAAGGUAUCCCCACAACAUGAUGCUCCCACCACCAUGUUUCACCAUAGGGAUCGUUUUAAUUUGUUACUGUCACAAAAUAAGAAUAAAAACAACUGAAAACCACUUUCUUCACAAUUAUGUGGCAUGGCAUCGAUCAGCACAAGUUUUCAGCUGGUGUGUUCAGGGUCGUGUGCUGUGGUAUUUUUUUUGAAUGCACAGUAUUUGUCUUUUAGACCAAAAAUGUCUGUUUUGUUUCAUCAUAAUCUUCCUCAUGUUAGCUGUAUCUACUGUAUGGUCUGUAGCGGACCCAAGUAUUGUUUUAUAACCUAAACUUCUGCUCAACUUUCUGCUUAUACUGAGGAUAAAUUAAACAUAGUUUUAUUGUGUUUACUAAUCAGGCGACUUCAGAAGGCAGUGGAUUUCAGAGUAAAGGGGGCUGAAAGCAAACGAAUGCCACAAUUUUCAGAAACCAUGUAUCAUUCUUCCCCUACAGAAAUAUGCACUAGUUUGUGUUGGUUUGUUUACAUAAAAUCACAAUAACAUACACUGAUGUUUGUGGUUGUAAUGAGACAAAAGGUAAAAAAAGGUUAGUUAGUAUAAUUACACUAAAUCCACAUGUUCUACUCAUCUGUUGCCUCUCAUUUGAGUAAAAAGUAUCACAUAUUUUCAUUUCAUCUUCUUUUUCCCUUUGCCAGCCUGCUCCUCCCACGAUGGCCUUCCUGAAGAGAGUUCGAUCCCCUUCCCUCUCCUUCUUCCAGACAGUCGUGUCCCUCCUCCUGAGUACGGUAGCCCUCACGUCCUCCUUCUGGUGCACAGGCAAGCAGAAGGUGCCCAAGCCACUGUGCACAGACACCAAGCUCACCCGGUGCAUCCCUGUGCCCGGUGUGUCCAACACCUCCAACAUCCAGUUCUUUUGGGAGACGGGGGAUGACCGCUUCGUCUUCCCUACCUUUCACACGGGCCUGUUCAUCAUUUGCGAGGAAAACAUCUAUGUGGAUGAAUGGGAAGAGAAGUGUCGAGGGUUUUACAGUUUGACUCCUGAAUCAGAAGAAGCAAUGAUCUGGCUGUGUCUUUCGUUGGAGUUUAUGUAUAUCGGUCUGCUCCUGGUCAGCUGCCUGCUGCUGUCCGUGCAGCUUUGCAUCAGGGCCUGGUUUCCCUCCACGCUGCGCUGGGGCCAGAUGCUCAAUGCCUUUGCAGCUGUCUUCACAGUCCUGGGAGGCCUGCUGGGGAUGGUGGGUCACAUGAUGUUCAUGCAGGUGUUUCAGACCACAGUUUCAAUGGGACCAGAAGAUUUUAAACCUCACAGCUACGGCUACUCCUGGGCAUUCUAUGUGGUUUGGCUAGCCUUCACUGUGUGCAUGGCGGCAGGCGUCUCAACCCUGAACAACUACACCAAGAAGUUCCUGAUGGUGGGACCCAGGAGUUCCUCUAGCCUCAACCCCUGCAGCUUUAACUUUGUGGGACUUCUGCCACCAGCUCCCUACUACACCCCCCCAAACCUGCCCGUUACCCUGUCUGCCCCACUGUCUGCCCCUCUGCCUGCCCCAAUGAUCUCCCACCUGUCUCCCUACUACGAGCCUCCAUCAGCUGCCUUGCCUCUCACUUCUCCAAAGCUCACGCACUCCCACUCUCUCCCCCUCACUCACUCAGACUCCUUCCCUCUUCCACCGUUCCACCCUGCACCUGCGUCCCCCUUCCACCGCCUCUCCCUGCCCUCGCCGUCUCUCUCACCCUCCAUCUCUGUUCACAUGAUGCUCCCAGGACACAAAGAGAAUCCCUUGGAUCGGGACGAGGAUUACAGCCCACUUUGAACUCCUACUGGUGCAUCUUAAUAAAUUAGAAUAUCACC